GCUAGGAUUCCUCCGGAAAAGAGUACUCCACUUGGACAUAUCUCUCAAGUAUGGCCCUUAUCCGGUGGUACUUUUGUCAUUUUUUGGCGUAUCAUACCAUGCCCUCGUCGCAACUCGUACAAUAGGUUAACACACACUUUGUACAGAUCGAGUGCAAGUGAGCUGCAUAGAUUUUUAGAGGUUUUUUGUGGAAUCAUCUUUUGUGCUGGGAGAUUUCUUCUGUUUGUUCUUUUGUUUCGUCGUGACGCAUGAGCUGCAGCUCGGAGAAGGCGGCCGGGGCCGUGGGCGGCAAGGCGGCGCGCGCGUGCGACAGCUGCCUGCGGCGGCGGGCGCGGUGGUACUGCGCGGCGGAUGACGCCUUCCUGUGCCAGGGGUGCGACACGUCGGUGCACUCGGCCAACCCGCUCGCCAGGCGGCACGAGCGCCUGCGCCUGCGCGUCUCGUCGCCCCCGCCGCUGACGGCGCGGGCGUCGGUGGAGGAGGAGGCGGCGGCGGCGGUGGGGACGACGACGACGACGACGUCGAAGAGAGAGGGCGGCGUCACGCCGGCAUGGUCGAAGCGCAAGGCGCGCACCCGGCGCCCGCAGGUCAAGAGCGUCGGGCAGCUGCUCUCGAGGCGGCUCGUCGUGCCGGAGAUGGCGGUGGAGUCGUCGGACGAACGGAAGGCCGACGAAGACGGAGCUCACGAGGAGCUCGAGGGGCAGUUGCUGUACCGCGUUCCGGUCUUUGACCCCUCCCUCGCCGAGUUCUGCUCGCCGCCCCCGAUCGAUGACGCGGCGGCCGCAUCCUCAUCGUGCUUCAAGGAGGACGCCGCCGACGGCGCCGUGGAAGACGCAAAGUAUCCGGCAGCUGCGGCGUCGUCGCCCGUGCAGCAGCUCCCGGAUAGCUUUGUCAACUUCGAACCGACGGACGCCGAGCUGAGGGAGUUCGCCGCCGACAUGGAAGCCCUACUCGGACAAGGCCUGGACGACAGCAACGAGCUGCAGGACUCGUUCUACAUGGAGACCCUAGGGCUAAUAACGCCGCCGGUAGAAGAAUCCGGCCGGGUGAAGAUGGAGCUCGACGGCGGUGUUGCCUCCAACAGCAGGGUAUCUCUCCCAUCAUGCCGCGCUCAUCCGAAGCCGGAGGACGUCGAAUCCGCCGACGUGCUGGACAUCGAUUUCAACUGCACCUCGCCGGACGAACAGAAGUCGUCGGCGAGCAACGGCGCCGCAGCCGAUUCGCAGUUCUUCCACAGGAGCCUGGAUCUCAGGCUCAACUACGAGGCGAUCAUCGAGAGCUGGGGCAACUCGCCGUGGACCGACGGCCGGCCGCCGCACGGCCAGCUCGACGACUUCUGGCCCAACGACCACCAUUACUCGGGGUUGUGGGCUGCGGGAGGGGGCGGGCAUGGCGCGGAGGUGGGGAUGAUGACGGUGAGGCCGCGGAUGGACGGCCCGGGGCGGGAGGCGCGGGUGACGAGGUACAGGGAGAAGCGGCGUACGCGGCUGUUCUCCAAGAAGAUACGGUACGAGGUGCGGAAGCUGAACGCCGAGAAACGGCCGCGGAUGAAGGGCCGGUUCGUCAAGCGCCCCUCCGCCGCCGCCGCCCCGUGCGCCGUCACCUAGACGUACGAUCGCGCACGGCCCGGCGCGCGGCACCAUGCGUACGUGUCCGGUGUCGAGACUUGCCUGCGUUCGAUCGUAUGCCUCAUGGACUCGAUUGGCACAAAAGUUCACGCAAAAUUUGUCGAAGCUGCACGAUUCAAGUAGUAUAACGUUGUUCAAUUCAAAAGUUUUUCUCUUCCUUUUUUUUUUCGGUUUUGUUGGUGUUUGGCUCGGUGCUUUUGGAUCUCUUUUAUCUCUGUUCCAUCGACCGGAGAGAAAGUAGGCGAUUGUACUUGUGUAAACAUUGGUGUUCAUGGUUUUGUAGAAACACUCCAUAAAGGAAACAAAAUGACUUGUAUAUGUAAACUGGGUUGUGCCUGCGCCACACCCAUGUACAUUGAGUAAUCAGUACAUACUUAAUUAUUUUCUUGCAUGUA